CAAAACUUAGAGAUAGUUCUACAAUCUGCUACCGACUUCCUCCUCACCGUCCAUUUCACUCUCCCACUCUACAACAGAUUGCUUUCAGCCCUUCACAGACACAACCCUCUUUCUGAACUUCCCCCUGCCUAAAACACUCUUUCCAAUCUAUGCCUGAUCAACCUUUACUCACCACCUCCUCCUUAACCCCAGGACAUGAUUUAAUCAUCUGGUUAGGCAUGCCUACAGGACCCUAUUCUUUCCUUUUUGUAGCACUGAUUGCAUUUUAAUUGCUCAUUUAAUAUCUUUCUUUCUAAACAACAAGUUCCACAAAGUUAGGAAUCACAUCUCUAGUUCAGUACUGUAAUUUAGUGCCUACUGUAAGACUUGAUACAUAGCAGGUGCCCUGAACAAAUAUUUUUUAAUUGAAAUUAAUUAGUAACACCAAGGGGAUUAAAUGAUGGGAAGAGGAAAUGGAGGGAUGAGCCAAAAAAACAAAAACAAAAACAAAAACAAAAAAACCAAAACAGGUGGCAGAGGUUUAACUUUAAUGAUGGAAUAUUCUGAGGAAACAUGGACUGGCGUGACAUUUCACUGUGGACUUCUGAAAAACCAGAGGGAACCAUGGUAAGUUUGCCUAGAGAAAGGGACUAGCUGACUAUAUUCUGCCAUUCUGCAGGUCUCUGCUGGCUGCUCUCCGUCCUGCUGGUGAAGUCAUCUCAGAUACUGUGCAUACAUAGUGAUCAACACACAUGGGGAAAUGAAGGAACCAGGUGAUCAGGACACUGAUGGGGGGAAAUUAGAUGGAUCAAAGAGUGAUGGAAGGCAGUCUCAGAGCUCCUCUAAAUCUGCAUCAAGAUCUGCUAUGAAAGAGGAUUACAAACUUUUAGAAGAUGCCACAGAAGAAACAUUUACCGAAGGGAGAGAAUCACGUUUAGGCGAUGAUGAUUAUUCUAUGGAACAAUUGGAAGGAAGUUCAAGUUCAUUUCAAGAUGACUAUGUGGAGAGCAUUGCAGAAUCUCGGUAUAUGGAAACCCCAGCUCCAGACUCAGAAAGGGCAGAGGAGGAAGUUAAGAAGAAAAUAUCAGAAAACUUCUUCUAUGAUUAUGCAGAGCUGAUUUCGAUGCCUUUUGUGACUCCGGAUUCGAACAUACCACUGGAUCUUCUCACACUUGUUCAUUCCUUUGGUUAUGACUGUAGAAAGCGGGCCAACCUAAAACUUCUGGACAGCAGUACUGUGAUGUACAUCGCUGGGAACCAGCUGAUCCUUUUGAAUUUGAAAACCAAGGAACAGAACUACCUGCGAAGUAGCAGUGGUAGAGGAAUUGGUGUUAUUGGGGUUCAUCCUGAUAAAACUUACUUCACUGUCGCUGAAAAAGGAGUUUUCCCAAAGAUUAUCAUCUAUGAAUAUCCUUCUUUGAGGCCCUACAGAAUCCUUCAAGAUGGGACUGAGCUGGCUUAUGCUUACGUGGAUUUUAACUACGAUGGUAUCUUGCUAGCCUCUGUUGGCAGCAGCCCUGAUCACACGCUGACCAUCUGGAACUGGAAAGAAGAACAGCCCAUACUGAGGACAAAAGCUUUUUCCCAGGAAGUUUUUAAGGUUACUUUCAAUCCUGAAGAUGAUGAGCAGCUGACUACAUCGGGAUCAGGCCACAUCAAGUUCUGGGAAAUGGCUCUAACAUUCACUGGUCUCAAACUUCAGGGUUCAUUGGGUCGAUUUGGCAAAACAGCCACUACUGAUAUAGAAGGUUACAUGGAGCUCCCAGAUGGGAAGGUGCUCUCAGGGUCAGAGUGGGGCAACAUGCUGGUGUGGGAAGGCGGCCUCAUCAAAGUUGAGCUCUGUCGAGCUGCAAGGAAGUCUUGUCAUCAGGGUCCCAUUAACCAGAUAGUGCUGGAUGAGGGUGAAGUCAUCACUAUUGGGGCAGAUGGAUGUAUUAGGAUCUGGGAUUUUGAGACCAUAGAUACUGCUGACACUAUAGACGAGACUGGAUUGUUAGAGAUCGAGCCCAUUAAUGAGCUUCAAGUAGGCAAGAAUGUCAAACUCUUCUCUAUGAUAAAGAUGAGCGACAUGGGAAAUAACAUUUGGUUGGCUCAAGAUGCCAAUGGAGCCAUAUGGAAGCUUGACCUUAGUUUUUCAAAUAUUACCCAAGAUCCAGACUGCCUCUUCUCCUUCCAUUCUGGAGCUAUCGAAGCCUUGGCAGUCUCUCCUCUCACUUAUCUCAUGGCCACUACUGCCUUGGACUGCUCUGUUCGAAUCUAUGAUUUUGCUGGCAAAACUCCUUUGGCUCAGAUGAGAUUCAAACAAGGAGGUACCGCCCUCACCUGGGUACCCCGACUGGUAAGCUACACUGGAGCACAGAUUAUUGUAGGAUUCGAAGAUGGAGUUGUUCGAAUUCUUGAACUUUAUGAUCCAAAAGGGCUCACAGUUUUUGCAGGACGGAAGAAAAUUUCAGAUGCAGAUAUUAAUUUGAAACAGGUUUUCAAGCCCCAUACUGCUCGUGUCACUGCCUUAGCUUAUGAACGUGAUGGAGAAAUUCUAGCUACAGGGAGUAGAGAUCAAACCGUCUUCUUCUUCGAGGUAGAAAAGGAUUAUAAGCCAAUUGGUUAUAUUACUACUCCUGGACCUGUUUGCCAGUUAGUGUGGUCUUCAGUUUCCCAUCCUGAAAGUACUUUACUGAUUUUCUGUGAGAAUGGCUAUGUUCUUGAAACUCCACUUCCAACUAUAAAGGAGGAAGAAGAAGAUCAUGAUGCAGUUUCCUAUGAAAUCAAAGACAUGCACAUAAAAUGUUUUCAUUUCUCAAGUGUCAAAUCUAAGAUCCUGAGAUUAAUAGAAAUAGAAAAGAGAAAGAAACAAAAGGAGUUGAAGGAGAAGGAGAAGGAAGAAAGGAGGAAGCAGCUAGCAGCAGAGAUGAAAGAAGAUGGAGAAAAGGAAUUCCAGGUGGAGGAGGAGGAGGAAAGAGAGGAAGAGGAGCCAUUACCCGAAAUCUUUAUUCCAUCAACCCCCUGUCGCAUCCUCUGUGGAUUUUACUCUGAGCCAGGGAAGUUCUGGGUUUCUUUGGGUGGCUAUGAUUCUGGUUUUCUAUAUCACUGUGAGUUCCCCCCAUAUGAGAAAAGUAUCAAUGGCACAGAAAAGAAGGAUGAACCUUUUGAUUUUCGUUUUCUUGAAGAUACAGAGGAUAAUCCCAUCCAUACUAUCACUUUCAGCAUUAACCAAGAUCUCAUGUUCUGUGGAAUGCAAAAUGGAGCAAUUCGAGUCUAUAUCCUAAGUCAGAAUAAUCCUUCGUUGACAAAUAUGGUGGACUACUGGCAUUUCAAUCUGCAUGACAAUAAUUAUGGAUGUGUUAAAGGCAUAUCUACUAGUUUUGAUGACCGUUUCUUGGUGACCACUGGAGCAGAUAGUAAUAUCUUUGUUUUCACCAUUUUUUCUGAAUUUGAACUAAUGAAAGCCAUUAAAGCCAAAGUGCCAUCUCCAAGGUUUGGAAUUGAAGCAGAGCCAAUUCCAGAAGAUAUUGAAGAUCCCAAAGCCUAUAGUAUUGAGAAUGCUAGAAGAAAAAGAGAACAUGAUAAGUUAAUGAAAGAAGUGGAAGAAAUAAAAGCUGGGAAGAGAGAAAAACUCAAAGCUUUGAGGAAUGAAUUUCAGCAACUUCUGGAAAUGAAUAAAGAAUUACCAAAGCAUAUGCAGUUUAAGCGAACAGAUUUUGAUCUAGAUUCCAAAAUUCGUGCUGAGAUUGGCAGAAAAACAGCUCAUAAGAUUCAACAAGUGGAAAAAGAAUUAGCAUGGGAAAAAGAGAAACAUCAACUUGGCCUCAUGAAGCUACAGAACAGAUUUCGUGAUUCAUUGGAAAGUGAUACAAUUGUGGUUCACGCUAUACAAAGUGAUCACAAGAUAUCCUCCUAUAGGCUUGUGAAGCCCUCUAAGUACUCCAAGUCCAAACGACCGAGUCAAUCAGAAAGAAGAACAAGCAAAUUGGAGAGAUUUGAAAAAGAGGGAGCUGGAAGAAAGGAUAGCCAGAAAGAUACAGGUGAGAGUAUUAAUGUACCAGAAGAAUCAAUUAUAGACAAAGGGAAGAAAUUUCGGCCUAAAACCCUAAGUGAAAUUAUGGUGGAAAAUCAAAUUGAGAAAACGAGGAAACUUAUAUUAAAAGCUGAAAGGGCCCAACUUAAGAUUCAGCAGCGAAGAAAGGAAUGGGAGGAACUGGCCCAUUCAAAGAAAAUGCACAUGAACAAAUGCAUCCUCUCUCUUCGAGAUCUUAAAGUGGCUGUUAUUGAGGAAAUACAGUGCCUGGUGCAAGAACUGAAGAGCAUUCAGUCAACUCUUCACAUAUCCAAGCACAUCCCUAUUCCUGAAAUCCCUCAGAUACACCCAGAAGAAGUUCCAGAAAAGAGAUUUCACUAUGAUGAGGAAAUUCUCCUAAAUUUUAAGCAAGAGCAUAUGACGAUUCAGGAUGAAAAGCCCUCUGAACUGGAACAGAGACGGUCUACAGGCGCAGGUGGAGGAUUUCUCAAACUCUCUUUUGGAAAGGAUGGUGAUUUGACAACAAGAGAUUCAUUGUCUAGAUCAUCAAGGGCAUUAGCACUCAUUGUAGAUACUCCAAAGUUAAUGGAAUUUGAAAAAGCAGAUCCAAUUGAUCUAGAGCUGGAGAUUAUGAAGAGAGACGAGAUUAAGCAUGUGUACAUGCAAGAGUAUUUGACCAACAGGAUCAAAGAACUGAUUGUCACCUUUGAUGCAGAGCUUCGUCUUCUGAGGCACCAGAAACUGAAACUAGAUAUUCAGAUGAAAUUAUCUGACCUUCACCAUGUCACAUUAUUUCAAGAAAUGCUUCUCCUCAAGAAUUUUGAAAAACAGGAGAACAUACUUCAAGAGCGUGUUAAUUCAUUAGACAAAGAAGAACAGGAUAUGCAAUGGAAAAUAAAUGAAACUCUUAAAGAGAUGGAAGAGAAAAAGAAUGAAAUCACCAAGCUCCAGGACCAAGAAAAAGCACUCUAUGCUGGUUUCCAAACAGCUCUUGGAGAAAACAAUAAAUUUACUAAUUUUCUCAUGAAAGUCCUGAAGAAGAGGAUUAAGCGGGUGAAGAAAAAGGAGGUUGAAGGAGAUGCCGAUGAAGAAGAAGAUAGUGAUGAAUCAAGUGAAGAAGAAUCCAGCCUAGAGAGUGAUGAAGAUGAGUCUGGAUCUGAUGAUGAGGUUUUUGAUGAUUCUAUUUGCCCAACAAAUUGUGAUGUGGGUCUUUUUGAACUGGCCCUUCAACUUCGAGAGAAAAGGCUGGACAUUGAGGAGUCCUUAGUUGAAGAAAAGAAAAUUAUCGAUAACCUCAAAAAGGAAUAUGAUACACUAUCCAAAAAAGUAAAAAUUGUGGCAACUAAUCUGAAUGCAGCAGAGGAGGCCCUGGAAGCUUACCAACGAGAGAAGCAGCAGCGUCUGAAUGAACUGCUCGUUGUGGUUCCCCUCAAGCUCCACCAGAUAGAGCAUAUAGUGUUUGGAGAAAUACCUAAUGAUCUUUCUGGAACCUUGGUCUUUUCUAACCAUUCCUUGGGACGGCUGCAAGAGCGAAUCAGACAGCUUCAUGAGGAAAAUUCCAAGCAGCAAAAACUCAACAAAGAAUUCCGGGAGAGGCGUAAACAGCUUAUCCGAGAAAAGAGAGAGAUGGCAAAAACUAUAAGCAAAAUGGAAGAAACGGUCCGUCGGCUAAUGAUCAGCAAGUUUGGCCGUGUGAUAGACCUAGAAGCCCUUCAGACACUUUCUGUGAAUACAAUGCUUGAAGAGCUAAAGAUCAAAAAACUUCGAAAGGAGCUAUCAAAUGCAAAGGAAAUGAAGAUGUGGGAGGAAAAGAUUGCUCAAGUACGAUGGGAGCUGAUGAUGAAGACAAAGGAACACACCAAAAAGCUUCAUCAGAUGAAUGAUUUAUGUACCGAAAAGAAGAAACUUGAUUCUCGAUUGAAUACACUACAGAACCAGCAGGGCAAUGCCUUCCAGGGCCCUCGGAAAGCAGACAUUGUGGCAAGAAAGAAGGUCACUGAACUGAUCCAAGUCCAGGCAGAAAGGAUCUUGGCCUUAAAGGAAGAGAUCGCUCUUUUGCGUAAGAAAGGUGGUUUUAUCCUCCCACCCAUUCAGCCUCCACAAGAGAAGGAGAUGAAGCCCAUGGGCCUUUGAGUUUGCUUUUUUCUCCAAUACAUCCCAGAUUUCUGACAUACAACUUACCAGAGAAGUUCCUUGCUGCCUGCAGCAAUCCUAUUAUUUUAAAGUCUUAUCUAAAAGUCUAAGACCAGAGCCAGUUAUAUAGUAUGAAUAAUUUUUCUCCAAUUUGGUUAGCUUAGCACAGAUGACCGCAGCCAACAUCUUAUUUCCCAUGGAACUGAACCAUUUUAGAUCUGUUUGGAAACUACUGGAUUGAAUAUGGAGUCUCAGAGAAGGCUGUAUCUCAGCAUCUGCGAUAUAUCCUGUUUUGGGAAAUUUGUUUGGUUAUCUGAAUUUUUAGCCAUCAGCAAGGAAAAACUAGCAAUUUGUGAGAAAAUCUGUGUUUUUCAAUCCUUGGAAAAUAAACUCUGAUGUUAAGUA